CGGAAAAAGGACUGUUCCUGGAGCUUGCCAACUUGGGAGGGAAAUCCUGACUGCUGCCGGGGCUCUGCUUAAGGGCGAUUCCAGCACAGCAGCGAAGAAGCUCCCCAGGUUGAGGGACCCCAUCUGAUCCAUAAUGCCCAGACUGCCCCUCUUCCUAGCUGCCUGCCUGCCUUUCCUCUCCCUCCUCCCACGAAGAGCCUCCGCCCACUGUCAACUGUUCCCCAAGUCUACCUGUGAGCAGCACUCUGCCUUUGUGCCAGGACAUAACUUGGCCGGGGAGGGGAUCGAUAUCACCACGCUGCAAAGGAAGGGGGCCUAUUUGGUGGACACCAGCCAAUGGCUGGACCCAAACGGGACGUGCGUUCUCUGCCGGAACCCCCUGAUGGACGGGCAGCUGCAGCGACUUCCUCUGGCCGGUGCGGACUGGCGGGUCCAUGUCGCGUGCCACCGCCAAGUGAGCAGUUCCGUGGAGCACUCGGAUGUGGACGUGGCAAAAGCGCUGGCCGGGGAGGUGAAGAACAACUGGAAAAUGGAGCUGAAUUUGCCCAAGGAGGUGGAGUCCAUCGCCAAGGGCCAGGUGGUUUUAGUUGGGGCUCGCUCUCAGAUGGUCGUUUAUGCACACGAGAAAGCCCAGCAGGACAGGUACAGCUUCGUGAGGCAUGAAGUCUCCUGUCAAUAUUACCGGCUCAGACUCCUCCCAAGGCCCACCCUGCUGUCCCCCCACUUCUCCCAGGCUGUACGGAACCUGCCCAGCAAACACGACCCCGAGGAGUACCAGCAUUUCAUCGACACCUACGGCACCCACUACAUCAGCCAAGCACAGCUCGGGGGGCGCGUGCGCAACCUGCUGGCCGUGCGGACUUGCGGGGCGACCUUGGCGGGUUUGACGGCGUCCGACAUCAAGGACUGCCUGACCUUGGAAGCCUCUCUAGGCCCCGACUGGAUGUCCCAUUCGCUGAGCAUCAAAUGCCACGAGCUUCAGAGGAACCAAGCCAAAGGGAUGUUCUGGGAGGCCUACGGCCAGCGGCGCACUGAGGUGGUGGGAGGGAACGGCCAGGUGGAGCUGCUGUUUGCGGAACCGGGGGAAAUCCUGCAGUUCUCAGAAUGGAUCGAGAACCUCAAAACGAGUCCUGGGGUAGUUUCAUACUCCCUCCUGCCAGUCCAUACCUUGGUGGAUCGAGGAGACCCCAGGAGGGAAAUGCUGAGGGCAGCCGUGAGGGACUACAUAGCCCAGAGGGCCCUCUGGAGGAACUGCACACAACAGUGCCCCGGCCGGAGCUACGCUAGCUCAAGGGACCCUUGCGUGUGCAUGUGUGAGCCCGACGCCAUCACCGACACCGGGUGCUGUGCCCGGGAGCGGGGUCUCGCCCGCUUACGCGUCCACAUCCAGAAUGGAUCUGGCCUGUGGGCCGACCACUUCUCUGCCACGGACGCCUACGUCAAAGUCCUCUUCCAAGGACGGGAAAUGCGGACGGGCUUCAUCAAGAACAACAACCAGCCUUGGUGGUCGGAAACCCUGGACUUUGGGCCCAUCAAACUGACGGGCCUCAACUACAUUGAAGUGCAGGUCUGGGACAAGGAUCUCUGGCACGACGACCUCCUGGCAACCUGCUACGAGGGUCUGGUGACCGGGGGGGAAGUCUGGAAAAAAUGUUAUCCGGCUCGUGGACUUGUAGAGUAUUAUUAUGUGUUAGAGUGUGGACCUUCUCUGGGUGGCAACAGCUGCCAUGACUAUGUCCCCCAGAAGCAACAUUGACUACCCACUGCUACCCAAUAGCUCAGUGCCCCCCCUCCAAGCAAGACUAAAAAAAGCACUUUCUUAUACUUAAUGAGACUACUUCAAUAUUCUGCAUAAGAGCUAUAUAGAAAGAGCGCAGUCCCUGGAUUAGGCUUAAUUGGGCAGAACCUUAAUGAAACGGUUGUUCAAGGCUCCAGGGAGACCCUGCCACUGUGGCACAGCCAAAAGGAUGGUAUCGUCUCUAUAUUACAACUUCAAACUAGUUUUACACUGCCGUGAUUCCCACUCAUGAAUCUCUGAGACCUAGAGUUUCCUAAUCUCCGAGACCUAGAGCUUCCUAGAGCCAGUUUGGUGUAGUGGUUAGGAGCGUGGACUCUAAUCU